GUUUUCUUCUGUUGUCAUUUGUCCUUAGCUUUUUCGGUAAUUCAGGAAGAAUUCCACAUCAUUUCCAUCAUUCUUUCCCUAAACUCCUCAAGUUCGACAUGGCUGGCAUUAUUUCGCUGAAAGGUCGCCUUUAUUCCAUGUACACUUUGAGGUCACUUGCAAACCUACACGUUGCCAUCCGCCUCGAUUUUCUUUUUACCUCACCGGUCCGUCGCAGAAAUGACUGCUUGCCGCACGGAGAAAGCUCGCCUGCACUGAUGUUUUCAUUUUACAGAUGGACUGCCCCUGGGCCUGGAAUCAUGAAUGCGAAUGCUUAAAACAUCGCUGGGAAAAAUUUGAAAAACUUCAAGUUCAAGGCUCUAUCUAUUAGUCCUCACAAUGGGACGACUAUCUGAUACUCUAGUCCUGAUCUCCGCCGCUUUAACUGUGUCAGCGCAGACAACAGUCCCAGUUUAUGGUCAAUGUGGUGGUGAAAGCUAUACCGGACCCACAACUUGCGCCGCUGGAAGCAUCUGCGUUUUUCAGAACGACUUCUAUUCGCAAUGCAUUCCCGGUACUUCUAGUGUAACCCCCACUUCGACUUCCUCUGGUACAGGUACAUCAACGACGUCGACUGUAUCCACUCCUACCCCUACCGUCACCGGCUUCGUCAAAACUUCCGGGAUACACUUUACUUUGAACAAUGAACCAUUCACUGUUGUCGGUGCGAACGCCUAUUGGGUCGGUCUCAUGAAUUAUGGCGUUGCAGACAUGAACACUGCUUUUCACGACAUUGCCGCCACAGGUGCAUCCGUAGUAAGGACAUGGGGGUUCAAUGAAGUAACUACGCCCGAUGGCGUGGCUUAUUAUCAGAGCUGGUCUGGCUCGACGCCUACCGUCAACCUUGGUACGAACGGACUAGAAAACUUCGAUAAUGUAGUUGCCGCUGCAAAGGCCAAUGGUCUAAGACUGAUUGUUACUUUAACAAAUAACUGGUCUGAUUACGGUGGAAUGGACGUGUAUGUCAACCAGCUGCUCGGUCAAGGGCAGCCGCACGAUUACUUCUACACGAAUGCGACUGUUAUCGCUGCGUACAAGACCUACGUCAAGACAUUUGUUACUCGCUACUUGAAUGAGCCUGGAAUCUUGGCAUGGGAGUUGGCGAAUGAGCCUAGAUGUCUCGGCUCAACAAGUGCUUCCUCUGGAACAUGUACAAUUUCGACCAUUUCAACCUGGGCCGAGGAAAUGUCAGCCUACAUCAAGUCAAUUGAUUCGAACCACUUGGUAGCAAUCGGCGACGAAGGCUUCAUCAAUGACCCCGGAAACCCUAUCUUUGUUUACCAAGGCUACUCGCCAAGCCUCGGCAUCGAUUUUGCUGCUAAUCUUAACAUCAGCAGUUUGGACUUUGGAACAUUCCAUCUUUACCCUGACAGCUGGGGUGAACCCGCAAACCCUUUCGGGACACAAUGGAUCGAAGAUCAUGCGACUGCCAUGGUUGCAUCCAACAAGCCAAUUGUUAUGGAAGAAUUUGGGAUUACUGAUGACCAAGUUGAUGUUUAUGGAAGCUGGUAUUCCGCCAUCGUGAGCUCGAAUGUUGCUGGAGAUUUAAUCUGGCAAGCCGGAUCAGUAUUAUCCAAUGGAGAAUCUGAUCCCAAUGGUGCAGUGUUUCCAGGAAGUGAUGUAUAUGUAUUGGAUACCCAGCAUGCUGCGGCGCUGAGGGCUAGGGACGGUGACCCACAGUGAUACUCCAGAGAACUCAAAAAGUGUAUCGGAAUUACUGCACUGCGAGGUAUUAGUAUAAAAUCCGUAUAAAAAUUCGUCAAUCAAUCAGUUGCGGAAGGCCCAUAUUCGUUAUGUAGCAUCAGCAUCCCUCCCACACCCAUGUGUGCGUGUUGGUUGGAACACACGCCAAUAUCCAACCCAUUUCCGCACUUUGCACCCGCAUACAUGUUGCUCUUGGAGACUGCUGUGCCGUAAAUUUCCUUCCUCUCAUGUCAGUGAAAGAUUCGAGAAGCUUAGGCCUAGCCUGACAACCAACGAGAGGGUCACAGUAAUACUGAUAUUGAGGGGAUUCGCGGAAACUUGGUGGAAACUUCUUAUGAUCCUUUCCGGUAUUCCGGUACAGUCAAAGCGAGAUAUAUCAGGAUAUAUCAUGCGGUAUAACUGUAAAUAUCGACGAUCGUGUGAACAUUUCACAGG